AUGUCUACGAAACGUGAGUAUCCUAAAAUAUGGAGAGAAUUCGAAAGAACAGUGGAUGAUGGAACAUUAAAAUUCGUAAUAGAAGAUAUCCCCGAAGCCAUGUGGAUCACUGCUGUAGAGUUUAUGUUGGGGAAUUAUAUCAGAGAAGAUAUCUGGUGGAAAAUGGCGGGCACAGCGAAGGAUUUAGAGGCCGUGCAAGAAUACAGAGUGCUUUUGACAUCGAUAAUUAAACAGAAAAUGAGUUUGGCAUGUUUCUUAGCGGAAGGAGAUGGAUCAGGACACACGCUCGUCGGAGUUAACUUAUGCUUGCCGCAGGAGAAGGGAUGCUUCGUCGAUCAUGCCCCGCCUAAAACAAAGGCUGGCUUGCUGUCACUGCGAAUGUUUGCGGAGGCCAUGAAAGUGACAGCGAUUUAUGAUAAAUACAAAGCGAAUAAAUAUCUCAUGGGAGCAGGCCUUUCUGUUAAACCAGACUACAGAAGGCUGGGUAUAGCUGUGGAGUUACUUAAGGCCAGGGUAGAGCUGUCAAAGACGUUGGGCUUUAUGGUGACAGGAGGCAUAUUCACUAGUGCCCCUUCUCAACGUGUUGCCGAAAAAGCCGGCAUGGAAUGCCUCUACCAAGUCACGUACAAGAAGUUUGGGAAACAGUGCAAUAUUGUAUUCGAUACCGAAACUGAAUACCUUAAGAUAUUUGGAGUUAGCACUAGUACAUGA